CCUGUGUUAUGUGUGCCAUGGUCUGAGCCCAGCAGUGUUGACAAUAGGGCGAAAAGAAGCAGCCCCGAACCGCAAAACGAGCUGAGCAAAAACACAAAAAUCCAGGGCUAGACUCAGUAACGGGAAUGUAAAUGCGUCAAACGAAUCGUUUUUAUACAGCCGUGCUUUGCUAUUAAUGGGAGUUUGAGGAUUAUUCCGUUGGAAGGAAAGGUACUCGUGGGUUUGGCUGUUUCAGGCCAAGAUUUAUUUUCCUCCUGCUCUUCCGCCGCUGCUCGGGAAAGAAAAGCUGCUGGAGGUAGUAGCCUCGCUGUGAGCUAGCCCGAUAGCUUUCUAUUCCACCAACAUAGGAGAACUCCUCGCCGCCGUCUCCGUUGCGAACCGCAGAGGAUAUCAAGCAGGGCUAUGUCCUCGGCAGCCACCACGUCUCCAUCUGUGGACAAAGUGGACGGAUUUUCACGGAAGUCUGUCAGGAAGGCCAAGCAGAAGCGGUCGCAGAGUUCGUCCCAGUUCCGCUCUCAGGGCAAACCCAUAGAGCUCACGCCCUUACCGCUGCUCAAGGACGUGCCGGCGCCGGAGCAGCCGGAGCUGUUCCUGAAGAAGCUGCAGCAGUGCUGUACUGUCUUUGACUUCAUGGACACGCUGUCGGAUCUGAAGAUGAAGGAGUACAAGCGAUCCACGCUCAACGAGCUGGUGGACUACGUGACCGUCAGCCGGGGCUACCUGACGGAGCAGGCCUACCCCGAGGUCGUCAAAAUGGUGUCUCACAACAUAUUCCGGACUCUUCCGCCCAGCGACAGUAACGAGUUUGACCCCGAGGAGGACGAGCCCACACUCGAGGCGUCCUGGCCACACUUACAGUUGGUAUACGAGUUCUUCAUUCGGUUCUUGGAGAGUCAGGAAUUCCAGCCCAGCAUUGCCAAAAAGUACAUAGACCAGAAGUUUGUCCUACAGCUCUUGGAGUUGUUCGACAGCGAGGAUCCUCGGGAGAGGGACUAUCUGAAGACAGUCUUGCAUAGAAUCUACGGCAAAUUCCUGGGGCUGAGGGCUUUUAUACGAAAACAGAUCAAUAAUAUUUUUCUACGUUUUGUUUAUGAGACGGAGCACUUCAACGGGGUGGCUGAGUUGCUGGAGAUCCUGGGCAGUAUAAUCAAUGGUUUCGCUCUCCCGCUCAAAGCGGAGCAUAAACAGUUUCUGGUCAAAGUGUUGAUCCCCCUCCACACCGUCAGGAGUCUGUCCCUCUUCCAUGCACAGUUGGCGUAUUGCAUUGUACAGUUCCUAGAGAAAGACCCAACAUUAACAGAACCAGUCAUCAGAGGAUUACUGAAGUUCUGGCCAAAAACCUGCAGUCAAAAAGAGGUGAUGUUUCUCGGGGAGCUGGAGGAGAUUCUGGACGUCAUCGAACCCACGCAGUUCGUUAAGAUCCAGGAGCCGCUCUUCAAGCAGAUCUCCAGAUGCGUGUCCAGCCCACAUUUCCAGGUGGCAGAGCGAGCUCUCUACUACUGGAACAACGAGUACAUCAUGAGUCUGAUCGAGGAGAACUCCAGCGUCAUCCUGCCCAUCAUGUUCGCCAGCCUCUACAGGAUCUCCAAAGAGCACUGGAACCCGGCCAUCGUGGCGCUGGUCUACAACGUACUGAAGGCCUUCAUGGAGAUGAACAGUACCUUAUUCGAUGAACUCACAGCCACUUACAAGUCGGACCGCCAGCGUGAGAAGAAGAAGGAGAAGGAGCGGGAGGAGCUGUGGAAGAAGCUGGAGGACCUGGAGCUGAAGCGGGGCCUUAGGAGCGACGGGAUCAUCCCGACUUAACGAAGACAGCGCCGCGCUCCCCUCUCUCCCCCCUUCGUCCUCACCCCCAUCUGACUCCUCCUCCCCCGAUCCCGACCCCCAAAGCCCACCCCCCCGCCGCCCCGUCCUCACCCUCCUCCACCUCAGCCAUGUCUGCCCAGAGCUCCUGGUCCAGGCGUCGUCUCCGGAGGACUCGCAGCGCCGCUGGUUUCUUAAUCGUUCUCCUUUUCUGUUUUUUCUUAUGUUGUUUUUUUUUUUUUUUUUUUUUUUUUUUCUCUCCUGUGUUUGUGCGACUUACUUUACAGUAGAUUCAUCACGUCUGUUUUCAUUAUUUCAACAGCACUGUAAAUAAUUAUUUUUUCUUUUUUUUUUUCCCUUAAACUGAUAUUAUUGCAAACGGAAAAACAAAAAAAUAAGAAUAAAAAAAAAGGAAGAAAAAUAGAAAAUGAGAAAAUGACUUGUGUGAGAGGGGAUUUAAACAAAAAAAUAAAUAAAAAUAAAAAAAAAACAUUUUUGGACUGUAGGACAUGAACAGAACUCUUUGAAAACAAAGAAAAAAACACAAAAAAAGAGACGAUAGUUUGAUUUGAACUCUUCAUCCUCCUCCUCCUCCUCCUCUUCAGUACAGUCCCAUAUGUAAUUUUUAUUUUCCCGGUUCUCCUCUUUGCUCUUCCUCUCGUCGCCUCCCAUCUCCGUGAUCCUCCCCCCUCAUGGGACACCUCUCCCCCCCCUCCCUCCCUAAAAGGACUCCUCACACACCUUUUUUUUUAUUAUUAUUAUUCUUUUUUUAAAAACAGGCAAUAAACUGAACAAAAAAGAAAAAACAACACAUUAAAUUAACCGACAGGGGCCUCCUCACCACCACACACGGUUUUUCUUUUAGUGUGUUUACAUGCGUCUCACUUCCUGUGCCCCCCCCCCAUCACCAUCACCCCCCCCACACACACACACAAACACACUCGAUAAAUAAAACUUUAAAUAUGGAAUAUUGGAUUCAUGUCUUUUAAAGAUGUAGUGGUUUCAAACUGCAUGUAAACACACUCCACGCACCUCAGCCCUGCUCUGAAAAAUGAAAAAAUGAUGGUCUCCCCCCUUUUCUCUCCCUCCUCCGCUCCCACCUCCCACCUCCCACGUCACCCCCCCCCCCCCACUCCAGGUGUUGAUUGGCUGGUAUCAGUCUGGUACUGGUAUCGGCCUCAAACGAGGAACUUACAGCUCAAAAAUAAAAGAUAUCUUCAGAGGAGCACCUCACCUCUUUUUCUCCCCCCUACUCCUCCACAUUGAGGGAGGGAGGGAGGGGGGGUGGAGGGGGGGGCCGCGUUGACUUCACAGUAUUAACAACAACAACAAAAAAAAAAAAGAAGAAGAAGAGAGACAACCCUGUACAUUGUUAUUGAAUGCAGUACACUGAUAAACUUGUAUCUUGUAGUAAUUUAGUUUUUUUGCGUAGGAGACUGUGGAGGAGUAUCCAGUAUAUAAAGAGGUAUUAUGGAACAAGACUUCCUGGUAUUUAUGAUAGUGCCCCCCCCCCUCCUCCCCUCCUCCCUUCCUCCCCUCCUCCCUCCCCCUCUCUCCUUCCCCACCGCCCCCUCUUUUUAGUCUGUUUCUUCUUUUUUCCCCCUCUUCUCUCACUUUUUAUCUCAUUUUUUUGGAUAUUUUGAUGAAGUUUCUUUUGACCAUUGGAUAUAUUUUUUAGUUGGGGAAGGGGAUGGAUGGGGAGGGGGGGGUGAGGGCGUGGGGGGUGUGGGGGGGAAAUGAGGGGAGGGGAGGGCGGGGGAGGUCAAGAAUGGAGGGCAGAUGCUUUUUUUUUUAUUUUAAAUUUUUUUUGUUGUUGUUUUUGUCGCCCUGUUGUGGAGCUUUGACGGUGAACCUCCUCCUCCUCCUCCUCCUCCUCCUCCCCCCCCUCCCUCCCAUUUCCUCCCCCCCUGCAGGAUUAAUGUGUGCUUUAGAAUGGCCCAGAUAUAAUAUGAUUUAAAAGCUGAAAAAAAAAAGAUAAAAAAGGGUUGGAGAAAUACAAAUGUUUAAUUAUUUUAAAAAAUAAAGAGAUAUUAAAUUAAACCUGUUUUGUGAUAAAGCCCA